UAUAGAGAGCAGGGGUCGACAUAUUCCCACUCUUCAACAGCGGAGCGACUACAUCAGGCAAAACACGUGUCUUCGGAAGAAGAUGAAGAAAUGUCAGGAAAAGUACGUUCAUAUGCUAACGUUGUUUCGAUGAAGAAAGAGCAACGGUCAACUAGUCUGAGUCCAAGGAGAAACCAACAGGUUUAUUAUAACAGGCGCACACAGUCUUACGAGCGGGGUAAGCAUCAGAAAAUAUAUGAUGUUCGAGAUUGCGAUGGCGAGGAAAAAGAUGAACAAGUUAAUGAAAAUGAAUAUAUGCAUUCAGUAAGAAAAGAUCAAAACUAUUUACAUCAGAAGGGAUAUGAUGAAGAACGCUAUAUUAAAUCAAAGAAAUGCGAGGACGAAGAAUAUACUCGUGUUUCACCGAAUGGCAGAACACAAGAAUCUGUGGGUACUAUUUUCAUUAAGAAAGGGAAUGCGUCAACGGACCAACAAAGCAAAUUGAAUAAAUUGAAUUCGUUUCUUCAAGGUAUUUUGUCAAAACAAGUUGAAAAGAGACUCCCGUGUGUCCUUGAUGGGGAGCAGUUAAUACAUGUAUCAGAGAAUGGAAGAGAUAAAGGAAAUGUGAAAUCUCUUACCGCACAACAAGAAAAUGUAAGAUCAUCAAAUAUUAAUGAACAUUCUGUCGAGACGAGCGAGAUUAAAAAACGUCCUUUCAAAAAUGUCAGUCCUACAGAUCUGGGUAAUACAGCGAAAUCGAUUGGUGGGGGAAUUGAAGAAUUGGAGUCUUUGGAAGAAAGAGAGACUGAAAAUAUUUAUGAUAAAGACUGUCAUACUGCGCUGGAAUCAGCUAGAGAAGAGAACCAGGUUGACAUGAUAAAAGCAUUGGUUAAUAAUACAGAAGAUGAUCAGAGUGCUAGUUGUAUGAAUGACCUUGAACAGCUCAUCGAAACCUUGACAUUAGAACCUGAGGAAGAAGAUAUUGCCAAGAUACAGACAAUGGCAGAUACUGUUAAGACAUCGUCAGAUCUGAAGGAAUUAGCUAACAUAAUAUAUAACAGAUGUAUAAAGGAUCGAGAGUUUGGUAAAACUGGGGCAUGUCUAUGUGAUAGACUGGCUAACAUGGAAGUCGAGGGAUCUAAAUUUAGAAACAUUAUGUUGUCACUGGUACAAAUAGAUUAUAAAGAUAAAGAUAGUUUAAGAACAAAGAGCCCAGGAAGAUUUUUAGGUUUUGUGACAUUUUUAUGCCAAGUAUUUGGUAACAUGAGAACAGCUAAAGGAGAACCAUUUAAUGUACUGAGUGGACCUAUAUAUGAUUGUAUCUAUACAAUAUUUGAUGAUGACAAUUCCUCUGACGAUGAUUACGAGUGUUUAUUAUUACAGAUACAAAGUAUAGGUAAAGAAUUAGAAGCUUUUGAUGAAAGUAAAAUGUCAGAAUUAAUGGAGAAAGUGCGAACAAAGAUCAUUAAAGAUGGGAGAUCGGCCAGAGCCAGGUGUUCCUUACUAGAAUUACUUGAGUCGUACAGUAAGGGAUGGAAGACGUUACCCAAUGAGAUUACCCGGUAUUAUUGUGACACAAUGGCGGAGAUAUUUACAGAUGCAAUCUGCUGAACCAACAUUUUCUAGUCUUUAUUUUUACCAUUAAGUCUUGUUGAAUUGCCAAAUAGUAUAAUGCAAUAGACAUUUUUUACAUUCAGUUCAUAUUUAAUAAGAUAGGUUGAUUGAUUAUUUGUGUGGCUAAACGUUAAAAAAAAAGCAAUUAAUCAAUCUGUAAAGUCAAUGUCAGGUGUAAUUUAUGUAUGGUAGCUUUGAUUUUAUUGUUAGCUUUGAUAGAAGCCUUUUGGCAUUUCCAAUAUUUUGAUAAAUAAUAUAAGAGAAUACUAUGACAUGUGGAAAUUUUGUUUAUGAAAAUCAAAAAGGGUAGACCCCCUUUUUUGAUACCUUAAAAAUGUACAAUUACAUCAUCAAGUUUUACUUUCAAUUUUCGAUUCUAAGUUUGAAAGUAAAACAAUACCAUGGAUUCAAUAAGGGCUAUUCCAUUUAGCUUAAUAAGGGAGGGCAGGAAUGGAUUUCCAAAAUCCCCCAUUACCAACAUUUGUUUGACCAAUUUGCAUGAAUAAAAUGGACAUUUAACCUUAAAUGACCCUCAAAAACUUGUCAACACUGAGUAAGUGAGUUCAAACCCCGCACUUGGCAUGUGCUUUCAACUGCCAUCUUAAUUGACUAGGAUUGUCAGUUUUCCUACCAUAGAUCCUGGUUCUCUCCGGGCACUCCUACUUUUUCCACCAACAAAAAUUAAUCACCAUGAUAUAUAGUCAGUAGUGUUGAAGGUGGCGAUAAAUACCAACAAUCAAUCAAUCAUUAAAUGACCCUCAAUUUUGUCUAAAAAAUUUCCCUCCCUACCUAUUUAUUUUAAUGGAAUAGCCCUUAUAAAUGGGGUACUCAUUUUCAUGGUGGAUGAUUUGGACAAAGGUGAACUAUGAAAUUAAGUGUUUAUCAAAAAUUUAUUUUCUAUAAGCUUGUAUUAAAACAGACUUUGUCAAAGAAAUAAAAUGAAGUGUUCACAAAAAAAGCAAUUUGUCAACGUUAGUUUGAACAAUUAAAGUAAUUGAAUCCACAUUAUUUAUAAAUGAUGAUCUCGAACCUCUAUGAUAGAAUACUGUUCACAGUAAAAUGUAUUUGUAUUUGUAAAUUGUAUUUCGUUAGAACAAAAUAUGAUUAUGAUUAAAAGUCUUUAAUUGCAACCAUGGCAACUGUAACCACACAUUCCAUACAAAUGUAUAUUAAUUGAUCAUGUUGUGCCAUAGAAAAAAGGUUUUUUUUAAUAAACCAAAAGCCAACAAAAAAAAAAACAUUUAAAAAAAAACCAAAUUCAACCAACAACCAGAUUUUAACCUAAUUUUGGUGAAAUUGUUAAAAAAAAAAAAUCAAUUUUGAAAGUGCUUGAAAAUUGAUUUAAUUAUUUUGUGGCAUAUCAGAUUAUCAUGUUUAUACUUUUUAUUUUGUUCAAGCCAGUUUUUUUUAAUGUUGAAUUUUUAAAAAACUUGCCUUGUAAUGUUUCUGUUAUUAUGGGUUAUUCUUAUACUGUCAGUAGAAAACUAAAAAAAAAAUGUUUUAGGUGUAUAAUGAUAUACAAAUGUACUAUAAAUUUAGAAAUUAUUUUGUGCAUUUAUUCUUGCCAUUUUUGAUGAAUGGAGUAAAAUAUUGCGAAUUUCAGAAAAUUUGGCAUACAAAGUAAAAUAUUGCGAAUUUCAGAAAAUGGCAUACAAAGUAAAAUAUUGCAAAUUUCAGAAAAUGUGGCAUACUAAGUAAAAUAUUGCAAAUUUCAGAAAAUGUGGCAUACAAAGUAAAACAUUACGAAUUUUAGAAAAUGUGGCACACAAAGUGGAGUAAAAUUUUGCGAAUUCAGAAAAUUUGGCACACAAAGUGGAGUAAAAUAUUGCAAAUUCAGAAAAUGUGGCAUACAAAUAGUUGUUAAAUGGUAGUUUUUGUUUUUGCAAUUCCUAUUCCUUCACAAAUUUUACAAUAGUAAGUGCAUAGCAAAAAUUUGUGAAUUAACAGUAAUGUUAAUUUUAUAGAUAACACAUAUCAUGUAUAAUUAAAGUGAUUAUUUUACAAAUUGUGCAUAAAAGUUUUGUAGAUGCAAGAUAGUAAUAUGUGUACAGUUAUUGUGAAAUGUUGUAAAAACUACACUCAGCUCAUUGCAUGACCCUCCUGAUCUAAGUAAUAUUAAAAAAACUAGCAUAAUAUCUUUUACUAUCCUUUUUUUAGUGUUUUCUGAAACACAUCCAUUAAUAUUUUGCAAUUUAUGAUCAAAGAUUUUUUAGAACAUAUGUCCACAAGAGUUAUUUCCCCUUUUUUACAUUUAUCUAAUCUAUAUUUCGGUUUAUUUAUGAACUGUAAAAUUGAAAGGCUAUAGAAGGUUAUCAUGUAAGGAAUUAGAAAUAAGGCCAACAAUUAAUACAUGUAAAAAUAAGAUGUGAUAAGAUUGCCAAUGAGACAAAUAUCCACCAGAGUCCAAUACAAUUAUAGGUCACCCUACGGCCGUCAACUAUUAACAAAUCCCGUACUGUAUAGUAAGAUUUUAAAGGCUUUGAUAUGGCAAAAUGUAAAACAAUUUCAAACAAGAAAACGUUUAUGUUAAUUUUGUAUAAUUUAAUUUUGUAUGUAACACGUCUUCUGAUUGGCUAACUAUGCAGGUUAUUCUGUGUGCACCACAUUUUUGAUGUUAUUUCUUCAUAGACAGAAAUAAUAUUACAGUCAUUCCUUGAUUAUUAUAUUUAUACCAUCUGCCAUUUGAAAUUACAAAAAGUUAAACGGAUAACGAAAUUUCAUAUAUCUUGUCUGAAAUUAAGCUCAUGGUUUACAAACUUAAAUCCACUUAAGUGCUUAAGUGGUUUUUUUUUUAAUGAUGUAUAAUUUCUAUAUUUUAACUUUAUUUGAAAAUACUCAAGUCAUCAAUUGAAUGCAUUUUAGUUUAUAAGACUUGAAAGUUUGCAGAUAUGUUACCAUGGUUACUGGUAUUUUGGUGAGAAGAUUUGUUGACAUCCACAUCAUUUGGUGAAUAGUUGUCUCACUGGCAAUAAUACUACAUCUCUUUAUUUUAUAUUGAGGUUACCUCCCUUUGCCCAGUAUUUGACAUAAUUCUAGACCUUCAAUCUUUUUAGCAAUCAUGUGACAAUGGUAUAAUAUUUAUUUUAUGUAAUUUUGUUUCUUGUUUUUGUGUUCUUUAAUGGUGAAUGGCUGUUUCUUUUGUUCUUUAUUUUAUGUGUUCAUGUUAUUCUUGUUGUUGGAACAAGGUUAGCAAAUCAUUGUUGACCUAUACUUAUCUAUAAAGGUCAAAAUGAUAUAAACUUUAUUUUUUGUAUCAGUUUGAAGGAUUUCACAAUUUUGCAAGAACAAAAUGUGUUUGUGUCUAUUUUGUUAGUAAAACCAUUGUGCUGUCUUUUCUAUUUUUAGGAUAAUAAUAUUUGUUUUUGUAUGUAAAAUGUGUACAAACUUUUUAUUUUAUGUGUAUUAGUUGCUAUAGAAAUAUUUUCAUGUGUAUCAAGGACAUUGUGUAUUAUUUGUGAAUAUUAUUUUAAAUAAAAAGAUUGAUUUUAA